AGCUGAGCUGCCAUAGUGCCCUAUGCAUUAUCAAGAGCAAGAAAUGAUGAAUAAAUCUCUGGAAUUAGUGUCAUUUGACGAUGUGGCUGUGGACUUCACCUGUGAGGAGUGGCAGGACCUGAAUGAUGCUCAGAGGACUUUGUACAGGGAUGUCAUGCUGGAGAUCUAUAGCAGCCUGGUGUCACUGGGGUACUGCAUUAGUAAACCUGAUGUGAUCCUCAAGUUGGAGAAAGGAACAGAGCCAUGCAUGAUAGAAGAGCACCCAAACCAAAGCCUCCCAGAUGUCCAGAUAGCCAGUCACCUAGCUGAGAGCAGCCAAGAAAGUCACAGUAGAUACUUCCGGCAAGGUGUAAUCAUCAGCAGGAACCGAUCAACUGAGGAGAGAGUUGAUUUAGUAAAAUCAUUAAAUUUGAGUUCAGAGCAUAUUUUAAAUCUGGUGAUAAAUGAUAGAAGAUAUUCAGGAGUGGAGCAUGAGGAAUUUAAUGUACGUCAGAAUGCACUUCAAGAGACUGAUGACCUACAUGCUGGAGAGAAAUCUGAUGUCCAUAAUAUAACUGGGAAAUCACAGAGACAGCACAAGCAUCUUAGUCAGCAUCCCAAGAUUCAAACUAGGCCACCUUCUGAAUACAGUGGAAAAAGAAAAUCCUUGAACUCAGUGCCAACAAUGUUUAAAUAUAAGAAGAUUCAUAUGGGUGUGAUCACCUGUAAAUAUAACGAAUAUGGGAAAGCCUGUGAUAAAUCAACUGUUAUAGCCCAAAAGAAAACUUUUCAAUGUCAUGUAUGUGGGAAACUGUUCUAUAAAAAGGCUAAACUUGCUCAACAUCAGAUUAUACACACAGGAGAGAAAUAUAAAUACAGUGAAUGUCAGAAAUCUUUUAUCAAGAAAUCAUAUCUUACCUUAUAUCAGGAAACAUGUACAGGGAAGAAGCUUUAUCCAUGUAAUGGACAGGAGAAAUUUUUGCAUCAGAAGUCAGACCUUACUAUGAAUCACAGAAUUCAAACAGAGGAAAUGUCCUAUGGAUUUACUAAGUAUAGCAAGAACUUUCAUGAGAAUUCACUUCUCAACUGUCAUCAGACAAUUCACACAAGUGAGAAAUCAUCUGAAUGUAAUGAAUGUAGGAAAACUUUCUACCAUAAUUCUGCCCUUACCCUAUAUCAGAGACUUCACACAGGUGAGAAACCAUAUGAAUGUAAAGAAUGUGGAAAGGCUUUUAACCAGAAUUCAAUCCUCAGCAGACAUCAGAGAAUUCACACAGGUGAGAAACCAUUUGAAUGUAAUGAAUGUGGAAAAGCUUUUAACCAAAAGUCAAUCUUCAGUAGGCAUCAGAGAAUUCACACAGGUGAGAAACCAUAUGAAUGUAAAGAAUGUGGAAAAGCUUUUAACCAAAAGUCAAUCCUCAGCAUGCAUCAGAGAAUUCACACAGGUGAGAAACCAUAUGAAUGUAAAGAAUGUGGAAAAGCUUUUAACCAAAAGUCAAUCCUCAGCAUGCAUCACAGAAUUCACACAGGUGAGAAACCGUAUGCAUGUAAAGAAUGUGGAAAAGCUUUUAAACAAAAGUCGAUGCUCAGCUUGCAUCACAGACAUCACACAGGUGAAAAACCAUAUGAAUGUAAGGAAUGUGGAAAAGCUUUUAACCAAAAGUCAAUCCUCAGCAUGCAUCAGAGAAUUCACACAGGUGAGAAACCGUAUGCAUGUAAAGAAUGUGGAAAAGCUUUUAAGCAAAAGUCGAUGCUCAGCUUGCAUCACAGACAUCACACAGGUGAGAAACCAUAUGAAUGUAAAGAAUGUGGAAAAGGUUUUAACCAAAAGUCCAAUCUCAGCAUGCAUCAGAGAAUUCACACAGGUGAGAAACCAUAUGAAUGUAAAGAAUGUAGGAAAGCUUUUAAACAAAAGUCACACCUCAGCCGGCAUCAAAGAAUUCACACAGGUGAGCGAACAUAUGAAAGUAAAGAACAUGGAAAAGCUUUUAAACAAAAGUCAGCGCUUAGCUUGCAUCACAGCAAUCACACAGGUGAGAAACCAUAUGAGUGUAAAGAAUGUGGGAAAGGUUUUAACCAUAAGUUGAUCCUCAGUAUGCAUCAGAGAAUUCAUACGGGUGAGAAACCAUUUGAAUGUAAAGAAUGUGGAAAAGCUUUUAAACAGAAGUCAAUGCUUAGCUUGCAUCAGAGAAAUCACACAGGUGAGAAACCAUAUGAAUGUAAAGAAUGUGGAAAAGCUUUUAACCAAAAGUCAGUCUUCAAUAGGCAUCAGAGAAUUCACACAGGUGAGAAACCAUAUGAAUGUAAAGAAUGUCAAAAAGGUUUUAACCAAAAGUCCAACCUCAGCAUGCAUCAGAGAAUUCACACAGGUGAGAAACCAUAUGAAUGUAAAGAAUGUGGAAAAGAAUGUGGUAAAGCUUUUAAACAAAAGUCACACCUCAGCAGGCAUCAGAGAAUUCACACAGGGAAAAUUCCUUAUGAAUGUAAUGAAUGCGGAAAAGCUUUUAAACAAAAGUCCCAUCUCAGCAGGCAUCAGAGAAUUCAUACAGGUGAGCAACCAUAUGAAUGUAAAGAAUGUGGAAAACCUUUUAAAAAAAGGUCACACCUCAGCAUGCAUCACAGAAUUCACACAGGUGAGAAAACAUAUGAGUGUAAAGAAUGUGGAAAAGCAUUUAAACGGAAGUCACACCUUAGCACACAUCAGAGAAUUCACACAGGUGAGAAACCAUAUGAAUGCAAAAAAUGUGGGAAAGCUUUUAACCAAAUGUCGAUCCUCAGCAUGCAUCAGAGAAUUCACACAGGUGAGAAACCGUAUGAAUGUAAAGAAUGUGGGAAAGCUUUUAACCAAAAACCGUACCUCAACAGGCAUCAGAGAAUUCACAUGAUUGAGAAACAAUAUGAAUGUAAAGAAUGUGGAAAGGGUUUCAACAGAGAGUCAGCCUUCAGCAUGCAUGAGAGAACUCACACAAGUGAGAAGUGCAACAAAUGUAAUGAAUGUGGAAAAACCUUUAACAAGUCAUACUUUGGGACGUAUCAGAGUACUCCCACAGGAGAAAAAGAAAACCUGAAUAUAAACAAUGUGGAAAAGCUUUUAAUUGAAAGUUGACCCUCAGU